UUCAACUUCCAACCGCUUCUUAAAUCAAGGUUGCAUCCCCUUUCUCUGUAUUCAUCCUUCACCCACAACCGCAGUCUCUCUCUCUUCCGCCAUGAGCGCGUCCCCGUUGGCCGUCAGCAUCAAGCACCCAACCAGCGACGAGGAAGACCUCGCCCCCAUGCCCAUCCGCCGCCACCGCCGGCGGUGCCUAAUCUACGGUGGCUCCUGCGCGGCUGUCCUCGUCAUCCUCACCGUCGUCAUCGGCGCCCUCGCCCUCACCGUAUUUAAGGUCAAGGAGCCCAUCAUGACCAUGAACAGCGUCACCGUCCAGCGGCUGGCCAUCGCCUCCGGCACGCCCUCCUCCACCGCCCAGCCCUUCGCCAUCAACAUGACAGUCGUCGCGGACGUGUCGGUGAAGAACCCCAACGCCGCCAGCGUCCGCUUCGGCGCCAGCACCACGACCCUCUACUACCGCGCCCGCGAGAUGGGCGUCGCCCGCGGGCCCCCCGGCACCGCUCGGGCGCACCGCACCUUCCGCCUCAACGUGACGGUGGACGUCAUGGCCGACAGGAUCUUCGGCGACGCCAACCUGUUCGACGACCUGGCGGGGGGGAGCAUCGCGGUGACCACGUCGACCACGGUGGGCGGCCGGGUGCAGGUCCUCGGGCUGUUCAAGCAUCACGUGGACGUGACGAUGAACUGCAGCAUCACCAUGGCCGUGGCCAAUCAGUCCAUCGUGGAUCAAAACUGCGCGCACAAGGUUCGGCCGUGAAGACGACGACGACGGUACCUUCUUCCUGAUAGAAGAUAAGAUUUUCGAGGAAAUUUCUCUAUUCUGUUGAGGAAAAUCCUCUAUUCUGUUAGGGAAAUCCUCCUCUAUUCUGUUAGGGAAAUCCUCCCUCCUAAUUUGUAUAAUUUGUAUAAAUAGGAGAAGGAACAUGUUAAUAGAUUCAAGCUAAAGCUAUUUCAUUUCUAUAAUAAAGCUUCUUUAAUUAUUGUUCUUA